AUGCGGCCUGUGGCUGAUAGCCUAGGUGGUACAGCACCAUCUCUAUAUUGUGCAUAUGAGACUGCAGCAAACACCUCUCGGCCUCUAGUUGCCCAAGCACAUCCGCUUCAGAACCAAGUUUUUAAUGCAAAGACAGCAGAGCUCUUGAGUCACCAUCAAGUUGAGAUUCAACAGAAAUUCCCCAAGGAAGGAUGGGUAGAACAAGAUCCAAAGGAAAUCUUAAAAUCAGUCCAUGAAUGUGUAGAAAAGACCUGUGAGAAACUGCAACAACUGAACAUUGACAUCACUAACAUAAAAGCCAUUGGAGUCAGCAAUCAGAGAGAAACGACAGUGGUUUGGGACAAGACGACGGGCGAACCUCUUUAUAAUGCCAUUGUGUGGCUUGACCUGAGAACACAGUCAACAGUUGAACGCCUUCUGAAAAGAAUCCCAGGAAAAAAUAAAUCCUUUUUUAAGUUUAGGACUGGUCUUCCGCUUAGCACUUACUUUAGUGCGGUGAAACUUCGAUGGCUUUUGGAUAAUGUGGAAGAGAUUAAGCAAGCAGUUGAUGAUGGGAGAGCUAUGUUUGGGACUAUUGAUUCAUGGCUUAUAUGGAGUUUGACAGGUGGGAAGAAUGGAGGUGUUCACUGCACAGAUGUAACCAAUGCCAGUAGAACAAUGCUCUUCAACAUUCAUUCCUUGGACUGGGAUCCUGAACUCUGCCAGUUUUUUGAUAUUCCUAUGGAAAUACUUCCAAAAGUACGAAGCUCUUCUGAGAUUUAUGGCCUGAUGAAAAUCUGUCCUAGCCUGAAGUCAGGAGCUUUGACGGGUGUCCCAAUUUCUGGGUGUUUGGGUGACCAGUCCGCUGCCCUUGUUGGACAAAUGUGUUUUCAAGAUGGGCAGGCAAAAAACACAUACGGAACGGGAUGUUUCUUACUGUGCAAUACAGGGCAGAAGUCUGUGUUUUCUGAGCACGGUCUUCUAACCACAAUAGCUUACAAACUGGGCAGAGACAAACCUGUUUAUUAUGCACUAGAAGGAUCUGUUGCAAUAGCUGGUGCUGUUGUUCGUUGGCUGAGAGACAAUCUAGGUAUCGUUAAGACUUCACAGGAAGUUGAAAAACUGGCUGCAGAAGUGGGGACUUCUUAUGGCUGCUACUUUGUGCCAGCAUUUUCAGGACUGUAUGCACCGUACUGGGAACCCAGUGCAAGGGGUAUUAUCUGUGGCCUUACUCAGUUUACAAAUAAAAAUCACAUUGCCUUUGCUGCACUAGAAGCUGUCUGCUUUCAAACACGAGAGAUUUUAGAUGCUAUGAACAAGGACUGUGGGAUACCACUAAGCCAGCUGCAAGUAGAUGGAGGAAUGACCAAUAACAAAGUUCUCAUGCAACUCCAAUCAGACAUCCUCUGUAUUCCAGUAGUAAAGCCAUCAAUGCCUGAAACAACAGCUCUAGGAGCUGCUAUGGCUGCAGGAGCUGCAGAAGGAGUUGGAAUUUGGAGUUUGAAUCCUGGAGAUUUGACAGCAGUGACCUGUGAAAGAUUUGAACCUCAGAUCAACCCAGCAGAAAGUGAAUGUCGCUAUGCCAGAUGGAAAAAAGCUGUGAUGAAAUCUAUGGGCUGGGAGACAUCUGAAGCUCCUUCAAAUGGUGACACUAGUAUCUUCUGUAGUCUGCCUUUGGGUUUUUUUAUAAUGAGUAGCAUGAUAAUGUUAAUCGGAGCAAAGUACGUCUCAGGUACAGAUAAAUGAGACUGCUUAACGGAUUGCCUGGAUGCA